AUUGUACCAAUAUUUGCUGUAGCUGAUAGUAGUUUCUUGGCUUAUUAUGGAAACGUUAGUAGCCUGUUUGAUGGUUUCAGUUUAAGUCUCAGUGAGGACUCAUCAAACUUACAAGAGGUUCUUAAUGAAGCUUAUUCUAAUGUCGUAUCAACAGCUCGACUGAACUUUGUCCUUCCGGAUUAUAUAUCUGUUAAUAUUCAAGCUAAUUGCCCUCCAAACUCUACCUUCUUACCAGAAACAAACGAGUGCUCCAGCAUUGGAUCAGGUACGGCUGACUUCUUUAUUUCCUUCACUUUGAACUCUUGCCCAGAAAAAUACCGAAAUGGGCAAACAGAAACAGUUACUGUCAACGUUCCUGGGUUUGGUUCUUUUGAUGUUCAAAUAGGUGGCCAUUGUGCCUGUGAAUGUGAAAACACAACAGUUCCUUCCAGUCUACUAUGCAGCAACAAUGGAGCAUUCUCCUGUGGUCUCUGUGAUUGCAAUAGUGGCUGGAGCGGGCCCUCCUGUAACUGUUCAACAGCAAUGUGUCCAUUAGGUCCUAAUAAUCAAGUAUGCAGUGGUGAGAGUAGGGGCCAGUGUGUUUGCGGUCAGUGUGUGUGUAAGCAGCCAACCAAUAGUGUACCAGGAGUAACUACACCACGUAUUGAAGGAAAUACUUGUGAAUGCAGUAACUAUGAAUGCGAGACUGACUCAAAUGGUUUAGUAUGCAGUGGGCAUGGUACGUGUACUUGUUCUAAUGGUACGUAUACUUGUCAGUGUGAUAGAUCAACUGUUUCAGGUUUCUAUUACAGUGGGGACUAUUGUCAAUGCUCGUAUGAUAAUUGCAUUGAUAAGGCUUCAAAUGCAUCAGUCUUAUGCAGUGGCAGAGGAGCCUGUGACCAGUGUCAAGGUAGCUGUAACUGUCAACCUGGUUUUAUUGGUGAAUAUUGUAGCCUGUCAUUUACUGGUAGGCCAUUGUGUACUGCUAACGAAGAAUGUGUCAAAUGCUUUGCAAAAGCAGCCAAAGAUGAUAGUAUUUCUUGUUCGCAUUUAUCAUGUUCAGAAUAUUCCACGCUAUCAUCAUCUCAAGACACUUCCACAUACACCAUACCUGAUACCAUUGAUGACUCAACUAGUGAUUGCUCCAUUAGCACAGUAGAAUGCAGUUAUAUCUACUAUGUAGCUGUCUCUACCAACUCCAGUAUAACAGUAUAUCAAGUGGAGCCUGAAGUUUGCCUUCCAAUACCAAUAUGGGCCAUUGCUGUCAUAAUAGUCAUAAGUCUUAUACUCAUUGGUGCAUUGAUUCUGAUUAUAAUCAAACUGAUAUUCGUGUACAGAGAUCACCGUGAGUACAAGACCUUCCUCUACGAGGUUAACCAAUCCAAGAGAAUGCAACAAGAAAACCCAGUCUACCUCAACCCCAUUACUGAGACUGUGAACCCAGUUCAUGGUAUAGUUACUUAAUUAUUAUUAACAUUACAAUGCGACAUGCUUUACACUGCUAUGCUACAUACAUGUACAUCAUAGAUUAUUAAUUUUUUGCAUAAUGAAAUAUUUUUUCGAAUAAA